GCGCCUUCUCUUUUCCCACACACGCCUUCCUCCUUUCUUAUACCUUUUUUUUUGUUGGUUAAUCUCUCUUUACUCGUUUCCGAAUCCUGAUCUCGCCAGAGCAAUUCCCGACGACUUACUGAAGGAAUUAUCUUCCCGCAUAGGUCUGAGAAAGAGAGGUGUAGGCGACUCUGUUCUUACUAAGAUGGGAUCAAAAACUCCUUCCACAUCGACUCAUGAAGCCAAUGCUCCUCCUGUAGAUGAAAGGUCUAGAAAAGGUAAAGUACCUAAAAGGAUUAACAAGGCGGUUAGGGAGAGGCUUAAGCGCGAGCAAUUGAAUGACCUUUUCAUCGAAUUAGCUGAUUCACUUGAGCUGAAUCAGCAGAACAGUGGAAAAGCUUCGGUACUGUGUGAGGCUACUCGGUUCUUGAAGGACGUGUUUGGUCAGAUUGAGUCUCUUAGAAAAGAGCACACUUCUCUCCUCUCUGAAUCUAACUACGUAACCACAGAGAAGAAUGAGCUCAAGGAAGAAACAUCAGUGCUGGAGACCGAGAUCUCUAGACUACAAUCCGAGAUAGAAGCACGAGUGAAUCAGUCCAAACCAGACUUGAACACCUCCCCUGCGCCUGAGUACAAUCAUCAUCAUCAUCAUCAUCAUCACUAUCAACAACGUGCCGAGCUUGCAUCCCAGUUUUCAGGACUUCCCAUUUUCCAAGGCGCCGGUUUUCAGCAAUCUUCUGCUGCGGCUCCUCCUCAUCCUGGUCCCACAGUUCUUGUCCUUCCGAUGCAACCUGAUGUCCAGACACAAGCGCCUCUGAUGUAUAAUAAUAGCUCAAAUGUGAGUAAGCCGUGUCCAAGAUAUGCUAGCGCGGCUGACUCGUGGCCUUCUCGGCUACUUGGAGAGCGUCUGAAAGCUAAUGAAUGAGAGAGAGAGAGAGAGAGAGAGUCUCAAAGGGUGUGCUAGUAACCGGAGACAGAGACAACAGGGCACAACUUGCGAAUGACCCCCCUUGCUUUUUGUGUCUAGCUUCUUUUAGUGUCCUUUUGGGUUUUGGCCUGAGCCAUUUCUUGUGGUUUGUUCAUAGGAUCAGAGCUUUUGUGACAAAUAAGGAAAUUUAGCUCUUACCUUUUGUCGUUUUCUUGUCUUUAAAGUCUUUAAACGAUCGAUCACACUAUAAAAGAAGAAAACACAAAAGAUUUUUUUUA